AUGCCGCCGCGAAGGAGUGCACGCAAUGCUGCGUGCGGGAGAGGUCGUGGUCAUAGUAGAGGCGAUGUUAACCAGCAGGUUAACAAUGAACAAGUGAACCAAGGUUAUGAAGAGGUUGAAGGAGGGGAGGAACACUCAGUUGCUGCUGGAGCUCCCGUCGGUGGUGGUGCAAAUGCCCCGGUUCAGGCAAUGACGUUUACUAGGUGGAUGUCUAUGCGCUUGGAUACCUUUGAUGGCUCACGAAUGCCUACUGAUGCAGCUGAUUGGCUGCGCGAGAUGGGGAAGGUCAUGACUGCAUGUAGGAUGACUGCUGAGGAGAUGGUCCUGUUUAUUCCUCACCAGUUGACGGGCCAGGCUGAUAUUUGGUGGGUAGGAGUAUGUGAUGCAUGGAUUCUUGCUCGUGGUUCUAUCACUUGGGAGGUUUUCUUGGCGCAGUUCAGAGCUAAGUAUUAUCCAGACUCCUUCAGGGACAAGAUGAAUAAUGCAUUGAACCACAUUCAGCAGGGGGACAAGACAGUGGAUGAGUAUGAGAGGGAUUUCAGCAACAUUGUUCGCUUUGUCCCUAGUGUUGCAAGUGAUGAGCGUGAGAAGGCUCGGAAGUUCUUCACGGGGCUUAAUGCUCGGUACAGGGAGGUGAUGGGAAGAAAUCCUCCUACCACUUAUAUCACAGCAGUUGAGGAGGCUAGGGGUAUGGAGACUCAGUUUCAGCUUACAGUGCUCCAGCAGAGGCGUAAUGGAAAUUCGAGUAACACGGGGGGUGAACAUAAGAGGGUUCACCAGGAGGGAGGAGAGCCUUCGUAG